CUCAUCACCUCAUCCACUAUGUCGCUCAAGCUCUCCGCGCACGGCGUGACUGUCUCCGGCGCCGUCUUCCACGCCGUCGGCGAGCCGACGCAGCAGCCGCAAGACGGCGCGGCUCCGGCGCCGGCGCCAUCCUCCCUCCCGCUGCCCGUCGCCAACGGUGCUGUCGACCUCUCGCAGCUCGGCCCGCGCGGCGGCGAGCCGCAGCUCGAGCUCGCCCUCUCCGGCCCGGCGGGGCACGGGACCGCGACCGUGCCCCUCUCCGCACCGCCGGGCGACCGCAGCCGCGGGUGGGCGCAGCUCGUGUGCUCCGCGCCCAAUGUGCUCGCGUACGUCCUCUUCGGCGAGCGCGAAGACACCGCCGUGCUCAUCGCCUAUCCCGGCCCACAGGACUUUAUGGGUGCCUUGCCGGACGAGUGGAGCUUCGGAGACGUUACCAUGUGCGGGACGCACGAGAGCUCGGCCCAGACGGGCAUGUUCAUUUCCAAGUGCCAAGACCGCGAUAUUGCUACGCAACUGGCUGAGGGCGUGCGCGUGCUGGAUGUCCGUAUGCGCUUGAACGCCAACACGGGCGAGCUUGAGACCUACCACGGCAUCCGCCCACAAUACUCGACGCUCAAAGUAUACCUCGACGCGAUCGAUGCGUUCCUCGCCGCGCACCCGCGCGAGGCGAUCAUGAUCUCGCUCAAGGAAGAGACGCCGCCGGACCACCCCGACUUCUCCAAGGCCGUGUACGACCUGCUGCAGACGUACGGCCCGCGCUUCGUGUACACCGAGCACGUGGCGACGCUGGGCGAGCUGCGCGGCAAAGCGCAGCUCAUGACGCGCUUCGGGCGCAAAGACAAUGCGCCGUGGGCCGAGGGCCUGGGCUUCCACCCCUCCCGGUGGCCCGACAGCGCGCGUGACGGCUUCGAGUGCGACUGCCACGGCACGCCCAUCCGCAUUUCGGACUGGUACGGGCUCGACAGCGCGCUCGAUAUCCCGCUAAAGGCACAGGCGGUGUGCGAGUUCCUCGCGCACACGACGGCGUGUGCGCCCGGCAGCCAGAUUUCGCUCGCGUUCACGAGCGCAGCGCGCUUCCCCACCGCCACGCCGCAGUGGGUCGCCAAGGGCGUGGGCGCGCCCACGUUCGGCCUCGGCAUACAUGGCGUCAAUGCGCGCGUCGUGCACUGGCUCCUCCAGCAGGCUGUGAUGGGCAAGCGGCCGCGCGCAAUCGUUAUGGCUGACUUCUACGAGUAUACCGGCUCGGGAGAGGCGGGGCUCGGGUCCCUCCUCGGCGCCAUGAACUAUGUCAAGUAGGCGCUUGCGGCGUGUGGCAUCGUAAAGUGUAGCAGGAAUGAAACAUGAAGGAAGAGUGGAUGUGGAGGGUGUGAUUGAGGGUUACUCUGGCGCAUCAACAACAUAUUAGUGAUGGGGCAUGUACACCGAGCAAAGGGGCAUCUCCUUUCUCCAGCAACAUGCCCAGCCUUGACCACAUCACCUGAGAACCCGGAAGUGCGCACACCGCGCCGUCUAGCCACCCCCCACGCCCCCGCCCCAUCUCGCUCAUCCC